AUGAUUCCUCCUACCAGCAAUCGAUGCGAGUGCCACUUCUCGCGGUGCAAGUUGGUGUUCAAUCAUCUACGCACCAGUCUGCUACCAGCUAACUUCGAGUUGCUGGUGUUCCUACGUGCCAACCGGGAGCUCUGGAACUUCACAUCUCUGUUGGGGUUCCAUGAGGCGGCCGAUGAAGACGCAGAGUAG